GCAGUAGCGCCGGCCAACGCAGCCUGACUCUGCCGCCGGUGUGCGCCCUCCGCUGAUUGGUGGCAGCGAAGAGAAGUCGCACUUUGAUUGGGCCGCUGUCAGGUGUCGCUGCCGGCAGGUUCGGCUGCGCGAGCUCAGGGAGGCGGAUGCCAAUGGCACCUCCCCAGUUGUGACAAACAAAAGUAUCUCCUGACAUAUGUCCCCUGCGCAAUAUAAUCACAGUUGGUUAAGAACCACUGCUUCAGGUGUAUGUAUGCAGAAGUGGAACUGCCAGGUUUUUCAUGCUCAAUUGAAUCAACAGUAGCCUUCCAUGAGGAACUGCCUUUCCAUUUGCUGCUGGAGUUAAUGGUUUUUCCUGCUGGCAGAAUCAGGGACAUGCCAGCACUAGCGGGAUGAGUGGGUGCUCCGGCGGGGAUGUGGUCAUUGCCGGCCAGUGAGGGCGAGAGCGCCACAGCCCACUUCUUCCUUGGAGCUGGAGAUGAGGGGCUGGGCACCCGUGGAAUAGGCAUGAGGACAGAAGAGAGUGACAGCGAGCUCCUUGAGGAUGAGGAGGAUGAAGUGCCUCCUGAACCUCAGAUCAUUGUUGGCAUCUGUGCCAUGACCAAGAAAUCCAAGUCCAAGCCUAUGACCCAAAUCCUAGAGCGACUCUGCAGAUUUGACUACCUGACUGUUAUUAUCCUGGGAGAAGAUGUGAUCCUCAAUGAGCCUGUGGAAAACUGGCCAUCCUGCCAUUGCCUCAUCUCUUUUCACUCCAAAGGCUUUCCUCUGGACAAAGCUGUUGCUUACUCCAAGCUUCGAAACCCUUUUCUUAUCAAUGACCUGGCUAUGCAGUACUACAUCCAGGAUAGGCGGGAGGUGUACCGGAUCCUGCAGGAGGAAGGUAUCGAUCUGCCUCGAUAUGCUGUGCUCAACCGCGACCCUGCCCGGCCUGAGGAGUGCAACCUGAUAGAGGGCGAGGACCAGGUAGAGGUAAACGGAGCAGUCUUUCCCAAGCCCUUUGUGGAGAAGCCAGUGAGUGCAGAGGACCACAACGUUUACAUCUACUACCCCAGCUCGGCUGGAGGAGGAAGCCAGCGCCUCUUCCGUAAGAUUGGCAGCCGAAGCAGCGUUUAUUCUCCUGAGAGCAGCGUCCGGAAGACUGGGUCAUACAUUUAUGAGGAGUUUAUGCCAACAGAUGGCACAGAUGUCAAGGUGUAUACAGUGGGGCCAGAUUAUGCCCAUGCUGAAGCCAGAAAAUCUCCAGCUUUGGAUGGGAAGGUGGAACGAGACAGUGAAGGGAAAGAGAUUCGAUAUCCAGUCAUGCUGACUGCCAUGGAAAAGCUGGUGGCCAGGAAAGUCUGCGUAGCUUUUAAGCAAACAGUUUGUGGUUUUGACCUUCUUCGUGCCAAUGGUCAUUCCUUUGUGUGUGAUGUCAAUGGCUUCAGUUUUGUCAAGAAUUCGAUGAAAUACUACGAUGACUGUGCCAAGAUUCUGGGGAACACCAUAAUGCGGGAGCUUGCCCCACAAUUCCAGAUCCCAUGGUCCAUCCCCAUGGAGGCUGAGGACAUUCCCAUUGUCCCUACCACAUCUGGCACUAUGAUGGAACUUCGUUGUGUCAUCGCAAUUAUCCGUCAUGGGGAUCGUACCCCCAAGCAGAAGAUGAAGAUGGAGGUGACACACUCAAGGUUUUUUAGUCUAUUUGAAAAACAUGGUGGUUACAAGACAGGGAAAUUAAAACUAAAGCGACCUGAACAGUUACAGGAGGUUCUGGACAUCACAAGGCUGCUAUUGGCUGAACUGGAGAAAGAACCAAGUGGUGAGAUCGAGGAGAAGACGGGGAAACUGGAGCAGCUGAAGUCUGUGCUGGAGAUGUAUGGUCACUUCUCAGGCAUCAACCGGAAGGUGCAGUUGACUUACUACCCUCAUGGAGUAAAAGCUUCUAAUGAGGGCCAAGAUCCACAGCGGGUGGCCCUGGCCCCAUCUCUGUUGCUGGUACUGAAGUGGGGUGGAGAACUGACCCCUGCUGGCCGUGUUCAGGCUGAGGAGCUAGGGCGAGCUUUUCGCUGCAUGUACCCUGGAGGACAGGGUGACUACGCUGGCUUUCCCGGUUGUGGGCUGCUUCGUCUCCAUAGCACUUUCCGCCACGAUCUCAAGAUUUAUGCCUCUGAUGAGGGCCGUGUCCAGAUGACUGCUGCUGCCUUUGCUAAGGGCCUUCUGGCUCUCGAAGGGGAGCUGACACCCAUCUUGGUACAAAUGGUGAAGAGUGCCAACAUGAACGGGCUCUUGGACAGUGAUGGUGACUCCCUGAGCAGCUGUCAGCACCGGGUGAAGGCUCGGCUGCACCACAUUUUGCAGCAGGAUGCACCCUUCGGCCCUGAGGAUUAUGAUCAGCUGGCUCCCACUGGAAGCACUUCCCUACUCAACUCCAUGGCUGUUAUCCAGAAUCCCGUGAAGGUCUGUGAUCAGGUAUUUGCCCUGAUUGAAAACCUCACUCACCAGAUCCGGGAACGGAUGCAGGACCCCAAGUCUGUAGACGUGCAGCUCUACCACAGCGAGACACUAGAACUCAUGCUGCAGCGCUGGAGCAAGCUGGAGCGUGACUUCCGACAGAAGAGUGGGCGCUACGAUAUCAGUAAGGUCCCUGACAUCUAUGACUGUGUCAAGUAUGAUGUGCAGCACAAUGGGAGUCUAGGACUUGAAGGCACAGCAGAGUUGCUACGUCUCUCUAAAGCACUGGCAGAUGUGGUCAUUCCCCAGGAAUACGGGAUCAGUCGGGAGGAGAAACUGGAAAUUGCCGUGGGCUUCUGUCUUCCCCUGUUGCGGAAGAUACUCCUUGACCUGCAGAGAACCCACGAGGAUGAGUCUGUCAACAAGCUGCAUCCCCUGUACUCCCGAGGAGUGCUCUCCCCAGGCCGCCACGUUCGAACUCGUCUCUAUUUUACCAGUGAGAGCCAUGUCCACUCCUUGCUCAGUGUCUUCCGAUAUGGGGGACUUCUUGAUGAGACCAAGGAUGCACAGUGGCAGCGAGCUUUGGCUUAUCUUAGUGCCAUCUCAGAGCUCAACUACAUGACCCAGAUUGUCAUCAUGCUUUAUGAGGACAACACACGGGACCCCCUGUCGGAGGAGCGGUUCCAUGUGGAGCUGCACUUCAGCCCUGGAGUGAAAGGCGUUGAGGAAGAAGGCAGUGCCCCAACUGGCUGUGGAUUCCGUCCAGCUUCUUCUGAGAAUGAGGAGAUGAAAACAGACCAAGGCAGCAUGGAGGACCUGUGCCCGGGGAAGGCAUCAGAUGAGCCAGACCGAGCAUUGCAGACCUCACCCCAGCCCCCUGAGGGCCCUGGCCUCCCAAGGAGAUCACCCCUCAUUCGUAACCGCAAAGCUGGCUCCAUGGAGGUCAUGAACAUGCAGUGCACGGGGAACCUGGACCUGAUCCCCUUGCGGGGACGGCGCCGCCGGAGGUCAGGGGACCUCCCCCGGCCUUCCCCAGCCAUCGGCCUACAGCCCCGGGCUGUGUCCACCACUCACCUGGCAUCCUGCACACAGGUGCUUUCUGAGACUUCAUCCUCGAGGCCUGGUGGCUACCGACUCUUUUCGUCUUCACGGCCACCAACGGAAAUGAAACAGAGUGGCCUAGGCUCACAGUGCACGGGGCUGUUCAGCACCACAGUGCUGGGCGGCUCCUCCAGCGCCCCGAAUCUUCAGGACUACGCCCGCAGCCAAGGCAAAAAGCUACCACCUGCCAGUCUGAAGCACCGAGAUGAGCUGCUGGAUGACCAGCACCCUGUGGUCCGGUUGCUGCGCAGUUUUUCCUCUGACUGCACAGGGGGCCGGCCAGUCUCCUUGGAUGCCACGCUGGCGCAUCACCUGCACCAGUGCUCCUACCACCUGCGCCUCUUCCGGAACUGGCUGCGCUCAGGCCAGGAUGACCCCGAGUGCCUCUACGGAUUCGAAGGGUGUUCCAUGGUACCUACCAUUUACCCCCUGGAAACUCUGCAUAAUGCCCUUUCUCUGCGUCAAGUGAGUGAAUUCUUGAGUAGAGUCUGCCAGCGCCACACUGAUGCCCAAGCACAGGCAUCUGCAGCCCUCUUUGACUCUAUGCACAGCAACCAGGCCUCAGACAGCCCAUUUUCUCCACCUCAAACUCUUCAUUCACCUACCCUACAACUCCGGCAUCGCUCUGAAAAGCCCCCUUGGUACAGCAGUGGCCCUUCUAGCACUGUGUCCAGUGCUGGCCCUUCCUCCCCUACUGCAGUGGAUGGCAACUGCCAUUUUGGCUUCAAUGAUCACCCCUCCCUAAGUUCACAUGUGAUUGAAGAACACCAAGGCUUUGGGCUGUUCCAGGAGACCCCUGGGACUGGAGCACAAGAGCUCCCUGUAGAAGGGGAGCCAGAGCCUUUUGAAGGAAACCAGUUCCCACAGGAAUCACCUGUGGAAACCAGCCAGCCAUGCGAGGAGGUUGCCGAGGGGGUCAGCCAGCCAUGCCAGGACAACCCUGAAGAGGUUAACCAGCCAUGCAAGGAGAACUAUGAUGAUGUUAACCAGACAUGCCAAGAAGUCCCUCAAAUCAGUCAGCCAUGCCAGAAUGCCAGCUACCUGUGCUCAAAAGUCUCUGAGGAAGCUUGUGAGCUUUGCCAAGAGAACCCUGAAAAGGUCUACCAGAAAUGCCAGGGGUUCCCUGUAGAGGUUGGCAGGCUAGUCCACCAACCUGGAGAUGUUGGUGGCAUAGCCCAGGAAAUCCUUGUGGAAGCUGACAAGCCAACCCAAGAGAUCUCUGAGGAGUUCAGCCAGCCAUGCCAGGAGUUCUCCGUGGAGGUUGGCAGGCUGGCCCAAGAGGCUUCUGCAAUCAAUUUGCUGUGUCAGGACAUCCCUGAGGUUGAUAAACCAUCCCAAGAGUUCCCUUGGGAGGGUCAUCUGCAGGUCCAGGAGAUCCCAGAGGAGAUGAAUCAGCAGCAGUCCUCUGUGGUCCCUGAGUUGAUCAACCAGCUGCCUGAAGAGGAUGUUCCCCAAGUCCAGUAUCCAUCUAGUAAUUCAAAUCCUCAGAGCCAGUCUCUAGCCCAUGACCAGAACUCACCUCUUCCACCAGCAACAUGUGAUUAAUCACUUUCUCCUUAGUGGUAUCUCACUAUACCAGCCAUUUGAGCUAGCAACUUUUUCUGUUGGCUAACUCACCUGCCAGCAUCAAGGCCUUGGGUAUCACCAGAGGUGUCUGAGGAAGCAGUCCUCUUGGCAUAAAGCAUACCUGUGCCAGAGCUGGGCUCGGUGAGGAGUCAAUUUCAUGUUCAAAGCAGCCAUUGACUCCUCACCCAGCCAUUAGACUUGAAUAUGAUUUUCUUCAAAGGGUAGACGGGUCUAUCAUUACCUAACCUUCUGUGAUCAUCCAGGAAAUCCAAGAUUGAUAAAGGAAAUGCCACUUAACUGCUGAAGACACCAUCCAUGGGUAGCAAGUGCAAGAGGGGACUCAAAGGUCUCCACUUUACUGGAGAAACAGUCACAAAUUUUCAAGAUGCUCUUAGACCAUAUGUGCAUUUGGGGACUCUUGUCUUUGCUAGCAUCCUCAGGUGGGUUCAGAAUGGCUCUCCGAAAUGCCUGGGAAAAAACGAGAGUUCCUUUCCCAAACAAAUAUCCGUCAUGGCCACUAAUCUUUAGUUUGGGCUUAUGGGUAUUUCCAUAACAUCCCCAAGUGCCCCCUCUACCCUAGUCCUGUUCCUCUGGGCAGUAGCUCUAGGGAAACAUAGGUAUUAGAUUGCUGUGAAAAUUUCAGAGUUACUACUUAAAAAACUCGGGGCGCUUCUUGGCCAAUCUAUGAAGCUGGGUCUCCUUAGGAGAUGGUAUAGAGAAAAUCAGGUUCUAUUUUAAGCAGUCAGCAGAGAUCACUAUUGUACAGACAUGAGAGACAUAUAUAUAUAUUUCUGUAGUAGUGCCACGGUCAGACUGGCCAAAGACCAAAUAUUCCAGGGUCCCCAAGAGGUUUGUCCUUAUACAUCAUUGUGUCUUUAGGCCCAAGUAGGAUUAUGAAGCUUUUCCCAAAGAUACAGGGGUGGGUAGGAAGGGUAAUGUGGUCAUCGGAGUGGGGGCCGGAACAUAAUGAGUGCUCAAUAAAUACAGAAUAAUGAGAA